UUGCUGAUUAUCUUCUGGUGCACCGUGGAUGCUCAAUGAAGCGCUCGCUCGCUAGCUCAUAUCCCUCGUCCGUCGCUAAUUAUCAUGACUCGAUUCUAGGAAUCGGUUCUGACGAUAUUUCCCGCUCUCUACUUCAGUCUUUCACUUAGCUUAUUGUUGACAAUCCAACAUCAGCUACUUCUGCUGGGUGGAGACUCGCCUGAUAGUGCUCCCCCGUCGUCUGCUUGGAGACCGCCGUGUUCGAUGCCAUUAGUUUGCGGUAAACAUCCAUUCUCGUAUGCUAGGGGUGAUCGAAGAAGACUCAACACUAGAUAUUAUGCCCAGAAACGUCCUGCGCUAGCCAUCGCUCCCUCUCAGAGUUUUACCCCAUCUGCGAAGAAUCCGCCUCCCUGCGUUCUGUGAUCAAUAUCAACAAUCAUGGUCGCUUUGUUAAUGCGCGCUGGGAAAGCCAGUCGACCUCCAAUCAUUCUACUCCUUGUGCUUUUUACCAUGAUUCUGGCCCAAAUUUCCGUAGCCCAAGAUACCACGACGGAUGAUACCACUACAACCACCACGAGCGUGGGCUCGACAACAGAGUCAGCUACAACCUCGUCAUCGUCGUCUUCUUCGUCGAAAAGCACUACCUCGUCGUCAUCGCAGACUAGUUCCACAACAUCGGCUUCGACCACAUCAACAAAUACAGAUACCUCAUCAACGUCAACUACAUCGGCGUCCUCGCUUUCGUCCACGGACGGUUAUCCAGUCGUCACUGUACCGCCAACAGCAGAUGCACCCUAUAUGCAGAAGUCCAACAUCCCGGAGGGUACAUUGUUCAUCGCAGUCGGCGCGGUCUUGGGAGCCAUUGGGCUUGCGAUCCUAGCUUGGCGCGGUAUAGUCGCAUGGUCUGUGAAUCGCUCGGUCCGCCAAGCCGCGAUGACGCGCUCGUCCGAAUCAAAAAGCCUAUUGCGUUCUAAGCGAAGAAAGUCACGCACUAGGAGAUCCUCCUCUGCAGGACCUGGCGUUGCCCUCGACAAGCUCGGCGGUGCCGGGAAUCACCAGCACCAUGGUCACAGCCACCACAGCCACCGGCAUCACCGAACCUCCAAGGGCCCCAGCGCCAACAGCGGGCUCUUCUUCUCCCCAACCGCCGGCAUGCAGCACGGCAGCGGAACUCGCCGCUCUAGCUACCUUCCCGCCGGCUACUACAACGCCAACAAUGCGGGAAGCACACCCCGCGCUCAAGAUGGGCGGUACUCGGCUGCCGACCUGACGGGGCUUGACGGUCCUCAAGCGCAGGGCUACACCCCAACCAGGUCAGGCCCCAGCCCUCCCGAGUCGCCGGGCCUACCUCAAUAUCACGAUCAGCAGAAUACCCCUCCGCGUCGCAGCGCCAGAAGGUCUCACGUGGAAGCCUCUACCAGUACCCUGAACCUAGCCUCCCCGCCAACCGGGAGAACCCCAAGCGCAUAUCUGGAAGAUCUGUUCGAUAGUCAUCCGCCCCACAACCGAGAAUAGUCAUUGUUGCAUUGAACCGUUGGAUCUCUGUGUCCAGAUCUACUGUCUUUAUUUCUACGAUACGCCUCUCUUAUCCUGAUUCCAGAUUCCAGCCUCUAGCCUUUAUUCCUAUUCUGUGUGACUCUAUCCUAGUAUAUGUUCAUACAUUCGUGCGUCCUUUGUUCGCUUUCUUGUGCCUGGUAUACAGUCUUCUUCUCGAACAUAGUCGGUGUGUCUAAUAACGAGUGCUAUCGAAGUGAUCAUCCUAUUUCUUGCGGCACUUGAUGCAAAAUCCGGCUUUCUCUAAGCUAGACUUUGACUAUGAGGCAAGAUGCUCUUUUGGUUUAGUAGUGUCUGAAGCCCUGUAAUCCAAGUUUAACUUGAGAUGAAAGUCCUGGGGGUGAGGAGUCACGCGUCUCGUCCGCUUGGAAGCUGAAGCGAUCUUAUCGGUGUAUCGAUGUGGGCAUGUGAGCCCUCCAGAAAAGAGGAUAUGAACUACAAGUGAG